AUGCCAAAAACAACAAAUUUUCUUUCAAUUAUUUUUAUUUUAUUUAAUUUUGUUUUUACUCCAAUAUUUUCCUUUAAAUAUCCUGAAUUAAUUGAAUCUUUAAAUAAAAAAUUAGAACCUUGUAAUGAUUUUUAUAAAUAUGUUUGUGAUGGAUUUGAUAGGAAAAAUAUACCACGUACUGACUGUUCAGAAAUAAGUACAACAGCCUCUAGACGUCAACAAACACAAAAAAUAUUGGAAGAUUUACUUGCCAACCCUCCACCUUCAGUCCCCAAUUUACCUCAAAAUUUAAUUCAAAAACUUUACGGAUUUCACAGUGCCUGUAUUCAAUCAUCAAAUAAAUUAACUCAAAGCAGCGAUGUUAUUCUUUCAAAAUUAAAUAUUUUAACACAAAAAGGAAAUAAUAACAAAAGAAUUUUCGAUACAGAUUGGGCUUUAAAAGCUUUCCCAAUUAAUGUUUUCUUUCAAUUAACACCUUUAUUUAAUACAAAUAAACCUAGAACUAAUUUAAUGAGAAAAUCAUUAGGUGUCCAACCAAAAUCAUUAAUUUCAAAUUAUCGAGAAAGAAAUAUAAAUAAAAGAGAAGAAUUAUUAGCCACUCGUUAUGGAAUGAUUAUCCAAAAUUUAUUGGAAGAUGAUGUUUGGUAUUCAUUAAAACAAAAAAUUCAACCCGUCUUGUUACCCUCAAAUAAUUUAUUUAAAGUAUAA